AUGCUGGUGCUAAACUGUUCUACCAAAUUACUGAUACUGGAAAAAAUGUUGAAGAGUCACUUUCCUGAAUCACUCAAGGUUUAUGGAGCAGUGAUGAACAUAAAUCGUGGGAAUCCCUUUCAGAAGGAAGUAGUAUUGGAUUCAUGGCCAGACUUCAAAGCUGUCAUUACACGGCGGCAGAAAGAGACUGAGACAGAUAACCUGGACCAUUAUACUAAUGCCUAUGCUGUGUUCUACAAGGAUGUGGCAGCCUACCAACGGCUGUUAGAGGAAAAGGAUGUUAUUAACUGGGACCAAGUUUUUCAAAUACAGGGGCUGCAGAGUGAGUUAUGUGAUGUUUCCAAAGCUGUUGCCAACUCAAAACAGUUGUCUGUAAAGCUAACUUCUUUCAAGGCAGUUCAUUUUUCUCCUGUUUCAACUCUACCAGAUACCAGUUCCUUAAUGACAUCUCCUCCAAGACUAACCUACCUGAGUGUUGCCGAUGCUGAUCUACUCAAUAGAACUUGGUCUCGAGGUGGCAAUGAACAGUGUCUCCGGUACAUUGCCAGCCUCAUCUCCAGCUUCCCCAGUGUGUGUGUCCGUGAUGACAAGGGAAACCCAGUCUCCUGGAGUUUAACAGAUCAGUUUGCUACCAUGUGCCAUGGCUACACCUUACCUGAGCAUCGCAGAAAAGGUUAUAGUCGGCUGGUGGCUCUUACACUGGCCAAGAAGCUGCAAAGCCGGGGAUUCCCCACUCAGGGCAACGUGCUGGAUGACAAUAAGGCCUCCUUAAACCUCCUGAAGAGUGUCCAUGCUGAGAUCUUGCCUUGUCGUUUUCAUAGACUUAUUCUCACCCCUUCAGCUUUCUCUAGCUAA